AUGUUGUCCCCUGCCGCCACCAACGUCACUACUCCGGGCAACACCAACCAACGAGACAUUGCAAGCCUACCAGGCGCACCAGCCUGUAGUCGCAGAACCCGUGAUCAGCUGCCCCCCACUGAUACCCCCACCCCUGGAAUUCCCCCUGAUGACUCUGCACACCCAUCCACUCCCCAUGAUGCCCAAAGAUGA